AUGGCGAAGUCUAAAGACAAAAAAGAAGAAACUUCUUCAUCUUUCAAAUUAGAAACAAUGAAUGCUGGAACAGACAGCUCUGCAAGUCUUGAACCUUCAAAGAAAGUAGUCAGCUAUUCGAAUCUUGAUCCGGACAAAGUUGUAGAAGCAAUCGGAUUUGGGCGGUAUCAGCUCUGCGGCUAUUUGUUGUGUCAAGGAAUGAACUUUUUUUACUCUAGUGCAAUGUAUGUUAUGCCAUAUGUGGGACCAGAUCCAGUUCUGCAGUGCAUUUAUGAGAAUCAAACGAGUUUGCCCAUGGGCGGCAGUUGCCGGAUUCUUCCUAAAGGCAACAUUUCCUUGGAAGGCAGCUGUGGAGUGGUAAAGGACACGGUUUUGGUAAUAAAAGAUUUGCCACAAUCCACAACUCUAAUCAAGGAUUUCAAUCUCAUCUGUAGCUCUUUUGUUUGGAAGGAAGCUGGUUUGACUGCCUUUACGUUGGAUGAAGGUGGACCAAAAGUGAACAAACAGGAUAGAGUGCUAAAGCAGAGAAUUAGACAGAAAUUCCGCGAUUUGCUCUUGCGUACCUUACGGGAAUACUGGCUUACGUUCUUUUGCUGGACAGAAACGCGCAUAACUGCACAAUACUGGGAUCCAACAUGA